CACGUGGCCGUCUACUCGCCACUUGGGCGUUUCGGAGCCAUUUUGCGAGACGUGGGCUAGGAGUAAGAUGCGCCUGAGCCACCUCCUACCGCUGCUGCUGGCGGCGCUGAUCGCGACGGUCUCGGCCUCGGUCGCCGGCGUCGACUUUGGCGGCGAGUUCUUCAAGAUCGCGCUCGUCAAGCCCGGCCGGCCGUUUGAGAUUGUCACCAACGUGCACAGCAAGCGCAAGACCGAGACGAUCGUGUCGUUCAACGGCGACGAGCGCGUGUAUGGCGCGGACGCGAUGAACAUUGAGGUGCGCCGCCCGCAAGUGGCCUACUCGCAGAUCCGGCGCUUCCUCGGCGCGACGGUCGACCACCCGCUCGUGUCGAGCUUGACCGAGAACGAGUACUUUCCGUACACGCUGACCAAGAACUUGACGCGCGGCUCGGUCGCGCUCCAGCACAGCAGUGAGCACACGUUCCACGCCGAAGAGCUUGCGGCCAUGGUCUUUGGCCACGCCAAGCAGAUCACCAACGACUUUGCCGAAGCACCCGUGAAGGACUGGGUCAUUACCGUGCCCAUGUACUUUGCUGAGCCGCAGCGCCAAGCGAUCAUUGACGCCGCCGAGAUCGCCGGGAUCCGCGUCUUGUCGCUCAUUGACGAAAACACGGCCGCGGCGUUGCACCACGCCGUCGACUACGAGGCGGCCGAGCCCAACACGCCGGAGCGCAUCAUGCUUUACAACAUGGGCUCGACGUCGCUGCAGGUGAGCAUCGUCGAGUACAAGACGCGCGUCGUGCCCGACGGCUUCAAGAAGAACAAGACGAUCGUCGAGUUUGACGUGCUCGCGAAAGCGUGGGACGAGACGCUCGGCGGCGCGCAGUUUGACUUGCGCCUCGCCGAGAAGUUUGCGAACGAGUUCAACGCCAAGCUCAAGAACGGCGACGACGUGCGCAAGAUCCCGCGCGCGAUGGCCAAGCUCCGCGCCGCGGCGCGCAAGACCAAGAUUGUGCUCAGCGCCAACGAAGCGAUUCCAGUGAUCGUCCCAAGCCUCCACGCCGACUUGGACUACAAGGGCCACGCGUCGCGCACCGAGCUCGAGGAGAUUGCGGCCGACCUCUUUGCCCGCGUGCUCGAGCCCGUCAAGUCGGCGCUCGACCAAGCCGGCUUGACGGUCGGCGACUUGAGCGCGGUCGAGAUCAUUGGCGGCGGCGUGCGCAUCCCCAAGAUCCAAGCGCUUUUGCAAGAGUUUGUGCAGCGGGACCUCGGGAAGCGUCUCAACGGCGACGAGGCCAUGGCGCUCGGCGCGGCCUUCAACGCUGCGAACCUUAGCACGUCAUUCCGCGUGCGCCACGUGGGCAUGACGGACAUUAGCUCGUUCCCCAUUGGUGUCCGCCUCGUGGACCUUGCGUCGCACGCCGCGGACGACGACCACCCGGAGGCUAAGCACUGGGUCAAGCGCGCGGCCCUCUUCGGCGAGCGCCAAAAGCUCAACGUGAAGAAGUCGGUGUCGUUCUCGCACGCCGACGACGUCUCGUGCACGUUCCGCUACGACAAGCCGUCGGCGCUGCCGCAAGGCGUCUCGUCGAUCAUUUCGCGCUACAACAUUACGGGCAUUGCGGCGUUUGCCAAGAAGAUGGAGGACAAGAAGCUCGGCGAGCCCAAGGUCACGUUGAGCUUCAACCUCGACGCGAGCGGUCUUGCCUCGAUCGUCAAGGCCGAGGCGACGUUGGACGAGGAGAUUGAAGUGCCGGCGCCGACGAAGAAGGCGGUCAAGAAGGCCGACGAUAGCAGCAGCAGUGCCGAUGGUGACGACGACGACGACAAGACGACGGAGACAGACGAAGCCCCGGAAAUGAUCAAGAAGACCAAGGUGCACCGUGUGACGCUCACGGUCGUCCGAUCGGACGCGGCGCACCGCCCGGAAGCCGGCAUGGCGAUUCUGCCCAUGACCUUCCGCGACAAGAAGGAGUCGAUCGCGAUGCUGGCCGAGAUGGACAAGGUCGACAGCAUCCGCAAGGCCAACGCCGAGGCCAAGAACCGCCUCGAGGCGUUCGUGUACGAGUCGCGCGAGUACCUCUCGUCGCACGACGAUGUGCUCGAGAAGGUCACGACAUCGACGCAGCGCGAGACGUUGAGCGCAGAUGUCGACGCCACCGAAGAGUGGCUCUACGAGGACGGCGACGACCUGGACGCCAAGGCGUACAACGAGCGCCUCGCCGGUAUGCGCAAGCAGCUCGACGACAUGGUCUUCCGUGUCUCGGAGCUCUCUGCGCUGCCGGAAGCGGUCGCCAAGGCGCAGCAGUAUAUCAUCUCGACGAUCGACCUCAUGGCGCAGUGGGUCGAUGUCAAGCCGCAGGUGACGGCCGACGAGCGCGACGACAUCCUCGCCAAGGUCUCGGAGCUCAAGGACUGGCUCAAGGAGCAGCAGGCCGCCCAGGACGCGAUUGCCAAGCACGACGAGCCCGUCUUCACCUCGGCGCACGUGCUCAAGAAGAUUUCGGGCGUCAAGAAGCUCGUGACCGCCUUGGCCAAGAAGCCCAAGCCGACGCCCAAGCCGACGGAGGAGGCCAAGCCGGCCGAGGGCGACGAGGCCAAGAAGGACGACGAGUCCACGAGCUCGGACGAGGAACCGAAGACGCCCGAGCCCACGGAAGAGGAGCCGACGCACUCGGACGAGUUGUAGGCAGCUCGUCGCUGCUCGACUACACUAGGUAGCACUCCCUUCAUCCCACACGUAUAUAAUAAAAGUAUUCCGGACCUCAA